GAUUUUUUCCCCAGUCUCUUUUGGUUCUAGUUCUCCUGGUUUCGACGCUUGCCUGUCCUGACUCCGAACCCACCUGCCUGACCACUCUGCCUGUACUGUCUUCAAGCCUGCCUAUCCCCUUGUACUGUUUGGACUCGGAUUUGGUUACUGAACCCCUGCCUGGCCUGACCUCGAGACGGCCCUUCGUCUGGUACCUUUUUGGACUCUCACCCGGUUUAUGACUCUCGCUUGUCCCUGACCUACCUCUUGCUUACCCCUUGGAUUAAUACAUUUCGGGACUCAACUAUCUGCUUCCUGUGUCUGGAUUUGGGCCUCGCCUUGUGUCCUUAUAAGUGCAUUCAUCAUAAGAGGGCUAGCCAAGUUACCAUGAAGUCCGCCUGCCUGAUCAUUCUGGCAUCUCUAGUGGUCUGCAACCUGACGUUGGCUCGAGGACAGGGCAUCCCCGCUGAGGAGGAGACGGGGGACCGGCAGACUAUUGACGAUAUCAUCCUACAGAGAGCCGAGAGCCUCCUGCUCCGCUCCAUUCUCAAAAAUAUAGAGGAUGAGGAUGGCGCGAACGAAGGGUUGACCUCUCAGCCAGAUUGGCUGGUGAAGCGGCAGCAUCCCGGUAAGAGGUACCAGGAGGAGCUGGAAAAAAGGCAACACCCUGGGAAGCGAGAGGAGGACGAGGACGAAGAGUAUGGCGAGGUUCAGAAAAGACAGCACCCGGGAAAACGCGAAGACGAAUUUGAUUCUUUUGUGGAGCUCCAGAGAAGACAGCAUCCAGGCAAGCGCUUAAUACUGGAGCAGAUUACAGAGAACCCCGCAUUUCUAAGUGAACUCUCCAAACGUCAACACCCGGGCAAGCGCUACGUGAUGUACUACAGUAAGCGCCAGCAUCCCGGCAGGCGAGAGGUGGACGACGAGUCAGACGCAGGGGACCUCAAGGAGUUGGAGAAGCGCCAACACCCCGGCAAACGCUACUUGGAUAACACGAGCCCGGAUUUGGGCGCCAACAGUCCCUGUGACGUGCUGGACCCUGGCUGCAGUAAGGCCAACCUGUUGCUCCAGCUAUUAGACAACGUGAACAAGAGUCGCGCGGAGAAGAGACAGCACCCAGGCAAAAGGUCCGCACCUGUCGAGGAUUUGACCGAACAGGAGUAACUAGCGGGGCUGAUGAAGCCCACGUGGGGAAGAAAUAAAGACUAAAGCGACGGGAUUAGCUAUUGGCUCUGCAGUCUGUCUGUAUCCAGCUGAGGACGCAGUCUCGGAAUCUGCUCUUUUUCUGUCUGACCUUGAAUUGAAUAGGCUAAGUGUAAUUUUCAGAGUUAUAUAAACCAAAUGUGUUAUAUACGACAAAUUGACCUGUAGUUUGUUUUAUGAUUUAGGCCUAAUGCGUUCGUGGUAAAAUAUAAGUGGAUAUACCCCUACAAAAUAAUUUAUUGGGUCUCUUCAUUACUUUUCUACUUGAAUAUUCUUGCAUGGUAUAACAACUGAUUAAUUGUUGUGCAUUUUCUGUUACUUUUGCCUUAAAGCCUAUUAUGACUCUACAACUCUAUACAAUAAAACGCAUUGGUACAGAUGACUGAG